GUGCACAUGUUGCUGCUUUGCUUUGCUAUCAACUGAAAUUUUGGUCCUGAGACGCUCGUGCUGGAACAGCCGGGCAGGCACUCGUCCAGAAGCUCACGGAGAGUCACUCAGAUCCCGCCACCCUGUCAGACUUCUGGGGAAAACUGUAGAGUUGUCACAUUUGUUGUCAGAUUUCUUGUUUCAAUACAAAGCGUAUUUUUUGAUACUCCCUAUCAGGCCGAGUAAGAUCGGAUGUGAUGUCCAGCUCGCCGCUGUCCAAGAAGCGUCGCUUGUCAGGAACGGAGACGAAGACGGAAUCCAACUGCUCCUCCUCAAACUCUAAAACGGAACUGUCCCACACACCUGCCAACGGAAUGGCUAAGAAUGGCAAUGAUGCUGAGAUCGAUGAAGGGCUGUACUCCAGACAACUCUAUGUUCUGGGCCAUGAAGCCAUGAAGCGCAUGCAGAACGCCAAGGUGCUCAUCUCUGGCAUGAGAGGCCUUGGAGUGGAGAUUGCCAAGAAUGUUAUUCUGGGAGGAGUCAAAAGUGUCGCUGUGCACGAUCAGGGUUUGGCUGAAUGGAGAGACCUCUCCUCACAGUUCUACCUGCGGGAGGCGGAUCUGGGGAAGAACAGGGCCGAAGUGAGCCAGCCCCGUCUGGCAGAGCUCAACAGCUAUGUCCCCGUGGUCGCCUACACAGGAACCCUCACCAAUGACUACCUGACUCAAUUUGAGGUGGUGGUGUUGACCAACUCCCCACUCGAGGAGCAGCUUCAGGUGGGCGAGUACUGUCACAGCAAAGGCGUCAAGUUGGUCAUCGCAGACACAAGGGGCUUGUUUGGUCAGUUGUUCUGCGACUUUGGGGAUGACAUGGUGGUGUUCGACAUCAACGGAGAGCAGCCUCUGAGCGCCAUGAUCUCCAUGAUAACCAAGGACGCUGCCGCGGUGGUCACCUGCCUUGACGAAGCCCGUCACGGCUUCGAGAGCGGGGACUUCGUCACCUUCACCGAGGUCCUGGGUAUGACGGAGCUCAACGCUUGCACGCCCGUUGAAAUCAAGGUUCUUGGCCCCUACACGUUCAGCAUCUGCGACACCACCGGCUUCUCUGAAUACGAGAGAGGAGGGAUUGUGUCCCAGGUCAAGAUGCCAAAGAAGAUCUCCUUUAAAUCCUUCCCCUCCUCCUUGGCUGAGCCAGAGUUGAUGAUAACAGACUUUGCCAAGUUUGAACGUCCAGGACAGCUCCAUGUCGGCUACCAGGCUAUCCAUGCUUACCAGAAGAAACACAGCAGCCUGCCCAAGCCUUGGUGCCGGGCUGAUGCUGACGAGAUCGUAGCUUUGGCUAAGGAGGUGAACUCUUCUCUGACCGGUUCAGCAAAGGUGGAGGAGCUGGAUGAACCGCUUAUCAAGAAACUGGCAUUCGUCGCUGCUGGCGACCUUGCACCCAUUAAUGCAUUCAUUGGUGGGCUGGCUGCACAGGAAGUCAUGAAGGCGUGCACUGGAAAGUUCAUGCCCAUUAUGCAGUGGCUUUACUUUGACGCACUGGAGUGCCUGGCGGAAGAGGAAGGAGUGUUGCUCUCAGAGGAAGAGUGCGCACCUAGGAACAGUCGUUACGACGGGCAGAUUGCAGUGUUUGGCACCAAGCUGCAGGACGAGCUUGCCAAGCAGCGCUAUUUCCUUGUGGGAGCAGGUGCCAUUGGCUGUGAGCUGAUGAAGAACUUUGCCAUGAUGGGGUUGGCCAGUAAAGGAGGCGAGGUCAUCGUGACCGACAUGGACACCAUUGAGAAAUCCAACCUCAACAGACAGUUCCUCUUCAGGCCUUGUGAUGUCACGAAAAUGAAGAGUGAGACUGCGGCGGCAGCGGUGAAGCUCAUGAACCCCUCCUUCAACAUCACGGGCCACCAGAACCGCGUGGGCCCCGACACAGAGCGGGUCUACGACGACGACUUCUUUGAGAGCCUCCACGGCGUGGCCAAUGCACUGGACAACGUUGACGCGCGUAUGUAUAUGGACCGGCGCUGCGUGUACUACCGCAAGCCCCUGCUGGAGUCAGGUACUCUGGGCACCAAGGGCAACGUGCAGGUAGUCAUCCCCUUCCUCACAGAAUCAUACAGCUCCAGCCAGGACCCUCCAGAGAAGUCCAUCCCCAUCUGCACCCUCAAGAACUUCCCCAACGCCAUCGAACACACACUACAGUGGGCACGUGAUGAGUUUGAGGGACUAUUCAAACAACCUUCAGAGAACGCAAUGCAGUAUCUCACAGACCCCAAGUUCAUGGAGCGUACGCUGAAGCUUCCAGGAGCUCAGCCCCUGGAGGUGCUGGAGGCGGUCUACAAGACCCUGGUAACGGACUGCCCCCACAGCUGGGUGGAAUGUGUGACCUGGGCCCGCAGCCACUGGCAGUGCCAGUACAGUAACAACAUCCGCCAGCUGCUGCACAACUUCCCCCCGGAGCAGCUGACCAGCUCUGGCGCCCCCUUCUGGUCCGGCCCUAAAAGGUGUCCCCACGGCUUAGAAUUCAGCACUGACAACGAACUCCACAUGGACUACGUCAUGGCCGGCGCCAACCUGUACGCCCAGACGUACGGCAUGCCCGGGAGCACAGACCGCGCCGCCCUGGCCAAGAUCCUGCAGGAGAUCAACAUCCCUGUCUUCACUCCCCGCUCUGGGGUGAAGAUCCACGUGUCAGACACGGAGAUGCACAGCGCCCACGGCUCAGUUGAUGACUCGAGACUGGAGGAGCUUAAGACGCUGCUCCCCAAUUUGGAGUCUACCAACAAGUUCAAGUUGACCGCCAUUGAGUUCGAGAAGGAUGACGACUCCAACUUCCACAUGGACUUCAUUGUGGCCGCGUCUAACCUCAGAGCAGAGAACUACGACAUCCCCCCUGCGGACAGACACAAGAGCAAGCUGAUCGCUGGUAAGAUCAUCCCGGCCAUCGCCACCACCACGGGCUCCGUGGUGGGCCUGGUGUGUCUGGAGCUCAUCAAAAUCGUCCAGGGACACACCAAGCUGGAGUCGUUCAAGAACGGCUUCAUGAACCUGGCCCUGCCCUUCUUCGCCUUCUCUGAGCCUAUCGCUGCCCCCAGUCAUAAGUAUUACGAAAUCGACUGGACGUUGUGGGAUCGCUUCGAGGUGAAGGGAAUCCAGCCCAACGGCGAGGAGAUGACCCUUCGGCAGUUCAUCGACUACUUUAAGAACGAGCACAAGCUGGAGAUCACCAUGCUGUCUCAGGGCGUGUCCAUGCUGUACUCAUUCUUCAUGCCCGCUGCCAAACUCCGGGAGCGACUCGAACUACCGAUGACGGAGAUCGUGACUAAGGUGUCAAAGAAGAAGCUGGGCAAGCACGUGAAGGCCCUGGUGUUCGAGCUGUGUUGCAACGACGAGACGGACGACGACGUUGAAGUGCCCUAUGUCAGAUACACCAUCCGCUGAGACGCAUGAACACACACUUGCACACACUUGCACACACUUGCACACACUUACACACACUUACACACACUUACACACACUUACACACACUUACACACACACACACACACACACACACACACACACACACACACACACACACACACACACUGGGGAGAGACGCAGGGUGGAGGGUGGGUACAGCCAUGGGUUUUGGUGGAGGGGCGGUCUGAAGUCGUUUCGGCCCCAUGGGAUCAAUCAGUUCUCCUUGAGGCCUGUGGUUGUAGCCCAGGGCCUGUUUGUACAUAAGCUCCGCUGAGCUGACCUUUCAAAGGCUGUACCUGUCCGCACGUUGGGGAGACAGUGCACGACUGUGUAGACCGGAGUGUUGUUAGAGGUGGGGAGGAAGCCUGUUUACCGGCCCUCUAGUGAAUCUCUACCAGAAACAUGUUCCCACCAAGUUUGACAAUUAUGCGCCUUAGUGUUUGCCUUCCCUUUGUGCCUCACAGCCCGGCUACUGUCUCUCUAACCUCCCUGAGCUUCUCUCUCCCACCUAGGCCUCGGUAACUUCAACAGGGCACCCCCUUUUUAUCUCCUCGAACCCUAUCUUAUCUAGACCUACAUUGCGGCUUUUUUCCACAAACACAAGUCAUGGACGUUAUACCAGUUUCUCAUCUCAAAUAAUGGUAAAAGGCAAUUAAGAUUUAUUUUCAAUAUUUUUUGUUUUUUAUUAACCCAAAAUGUGGACCUUCCUUCUAAUUGAGAUUGCAAAUUGGAAUUGUUAGUUGAUAUGCAAAUGAGAUGUCGCUGACAGUAUAAUAAUCGAGUGGCUGCGCCAGGACAAGGGCCCUAGCAGACCUGAACCUGACCCCCUCCCCCGUCUGUGUCUGUCAGGUCACCUGCGCACCAGCUUGCAGAAAGGCACUUGCACAUGACUUGAGUUUCCACUUAUCUUUAUUUUCCAUGUGGUGUUUAUUUUUCUAUUUUAUUUGGAGCAGAAUUGUGGUGCACAAACCUAGUAGAUCACAAACUGUCUUCUUUCUACUUUGUUAAACUCCAGAUGAUAUUACAGUGUAAGAGCAAGGCAAUGAGUUGUAUCCUGGAAUGGGAGCACUUCAUGUGAUAGUGAAUAAACAUGUUAAAGAUG